AUGUACUACCCUAUGUUCUUAUGGAAGUUGUACAAGUUCAUUGUACACUUGAUAACAGGUAUUGGAGAGAUUGAAAGAUAUUGUCAUACCUAUGAUAUAAGUGGACAGCAAAGACGUGAGAUGAUUGAGCUCAGUAUUAUGAACUCUUCAAAGUUGGACAGAGUCAGAACUGCAUUAAAAGGAGAGUUCGAUGCUGAGCAAGUAGCUCUAAUGAUCGUAGAGGAUAAGCAAAUUAAUCAAGAACUCAUUGCAUUCGAGUCAACUAUACUGCCAAACCUUGUCGCUGCUUUGGAACCACUGAGUCAGUUGCAGACACUUAAAGUACAGAUAGCUUUGCUAAGAGACGAAGCAUAUACACAUGAUAAACUUGCCCAUGAGGCCAAGUUGGAUGAGCUAUGGGAAUCAUUGAAGCCUGAUGUUAGACGAACAGCUAGACACACGAGCGAAUGGGGAGAGAUUGGCUUCCAAGGCAAAGACCCUGCUACAGACUUUAGAGGAAUGGGUAUAUUGGGACUGGACAAUCUGUUAUACUUUGCCACUCAUCACAUCGAUGCUGCGCAGGCAACACUACUAGACGCCAACACUCGUUGCAAAUAUCCCUUUGCCAUCACUGGUAUCAAUCUAACAUCUGUCCUAGUCAACCUGCUCAUGAAUGAGCAGUGCCACCUAAAGCAACACUUCCUCUACUCUGGUCCAACUGUUCAACAGUUUCACGAGCUCUAUGUCAAAGCAUUCAUACAGUUCAAUACCUUUUACCAGGCCAAGAAGCCUGUGAACAUUAUGCAGUUUGGUCCGAUCAUGAAGGAGUUUGUCGAGCAGUUGACAGCAAAGGUUAAGCGUCCAAUCGAUCCGUCAACAAAGAAAUACAGUUUGGAA